UAUAAAAGGAAAGCUGCAGGAGCUGGGGGCUUAUGUAGAUGAAGAGCUCCCUGAUUAUAUUAUGGUUAUGGUGGCCAAUAAGAAGAGCCAGGAGCAGAUGACAGAGGACCUUUCCCUUUUCCUUGGAAACAAUACUGUCAGAUUUACUGUAUGGCUGCAUGGUGUUUUAGAUAAGCUGCGAUCUGUGACUACUGAAACAACUAGUGUAAAAUCUUCAGAAUCUAAUAUCUUUGAGAGCAACCUUCCUUCCAGCAAAAGCAGCUCAUGUGUGAGUGAUGAGAAGAGGCGUGAGGAUAUCCUGCCACCUCUUGCAGUUUCCAGCACUCGGACUGAAAGAAAUGACUCCAGAGUUUCGACUAGCUCACAGGAACAGAGAAAUACUACGUCACGCCAGUCUUGUGAAGAUGGUUCUGCAUCCCGCUUAACAUCUGCCGUGAAGCCUUUAAGGGAAUUGUCACCCUCUGAAGCUGUAAUCGACAUUAAACCCGAACCAGAUGAUCUAAUUGACGAAGAUCUGAACUUUGUACAGGAGAAUCCUUUGUCACGGAAGAAACCUAUUGUAACUGUAACUUACGGCUCUUCUCGUCCUACUGCUGAAAUCUACCGGCCACCAGCUAGCAGGAACUCGGACGGCCACGUGCACAGGUUGUCCCAACAGGGCAGCUUACAGGGGGGCCGGCAGUUGGAUGGGCAGAGCUGCCGGUCUUUGGACACAGUCCAGAUGUGCAACGCGGAAGCAUUUGGCAGCUUAGCAGAGAGUUACAGACCCACCUCCAAACUUUGUGCUGAUAAAGUAGGCAGUGAGGAAGAAAACUCCAGGAAGAGAAGGUUGCCCGUCGUAAGCUCAGUAGUCAAAGUGAAAAAGUUCUGUAAUGAUGGGGAAGAGGAGGAGGAAGAGGAAGACUACAGUUUGCGAAUAGGAAGCAUCUCCAGCAGUGUGUCGGUACCUGCAAAGCCAGAAAGAAGACCUUCACUACCACCUUCCAAACAGGCCAAUAAAAAUUUAAUACUGAAAGCAAUCUCUGAAGCACAAGAAUCAGUUACAAAAACAACCAAUUACUCUACAGUUCCGCAGAAACAGACUGUUCCAGUUGCACCGAGAACUCGAUUUGCCCCAGAAGAAUCUCAGUUAGAAGUAAUCCAUGUGCAAAGCAGACUUCCUGCUCUGAGUUCUCAGCUUCAAGUAGAAGAGCCAAAGGAACAGACAAUUGAACGAAUUCAAGGAGCUGAACAAAAGGAGCUCUCUUCUCGGCUCCAGAUUGACCCUGUGAUUGAAGAUACUUUGCAAGUGACUCAAGAUUACUAUGACACAGAAUCUGUGGUCCAUACGGAUACUAGGUCAUUUAUCCUGAAGAAGCCCAAGUUAUCUGAGGAAAUAAUGCCACAGAAUCAGCAGUUGGGAAAGAGGGCCACAGAGGCAAUACGAGCACUCUCAGGACGUCUAAUACAGACGCGAGAACAGCUUGCGCAGCCAGAGAAACCUGCUAGUCCCAAGUUCAUAGUGACGCUGGAUGGUGUGCCUAGUCCUCCAGGAUACCUUUCUGAUCAGGAAGAGGAAGAUAUUACUGAAGGAUUAAAGCCAAUUAUCCCAAAUAUGUGCACAGGCAGAGGAUUAAAAGGCCUUCGAGCACAGCAGAUGCAAAUUGUGACCAGGCAGCUGGAGAGCUCUGAUGUGGACUUGGAGCAGCUGGGUGUGCUGCACAAGGAGAAGGUGCUCGAGCGCUGCAAGUACUGGCCUGCCUGUAAGCACGGAGACGAGUGCGUGUACCACCACCCCACGCUGCCCUGCAAACUCUUUCCUAACUGCAAAUUUGCUGAUAAAUGCUUGUUCAUCCAUCCAAAUUGUAAAUACGAUGCAAAAUGCACCAAGCCGGAGUGCCCUUACACCCACGCCAGUCGGCGAACCCCGCUUCCAGCUCCAAAGCCAGCACCAUUACCCACACCACCCACACCCUCCGGUAAUCCCCUGUGCAAGUUUUUUCCUGCUUGUAAGAAAAUGGAAUGUCCGUUUUACCACCCAAAACACUGCAGGUUUAAUACUCAGUGUACAAGACCAGACUGCACUUUUUACCACCCAACUAUUGCUGUACCUCCACGCCAUGCCUUGAAAUGGACUCGAGCUCAGACGAGUGAAUAACUGUGAUACAGCUUGGGACUGAAAGUUGCCUCCUUUGGACAGUAGUCCAAGGAAGCCAAGGAAGAUUAACCACCAGGGAAACAGGACAAUAGAGAAAUCCACGUGUUUUGAACUUUUAAUAUGCAUUGUUUUCAUAAAAAUGAAGUUGAUUGCCUACUUGAAAUGUCUCUAAUUUUCCAAGUUUGUAAGUUGGAGCAGUUUUAAAUUUUUUUUACAUUGUAAGAAGAAAAUGCCUGUGUAAGAAAAGUUUUACUUUAAAUUCCAUUAAAAACUUUGGAAGCA